GCAGAAACCAAUGAAAAAAAUAUUAAAGAAACUAAUCAAACAAAAUGGCCGAUGUUCUAUAAAAAUAGUUUUAUGAGAAUAUUGAGGAUUUUAUGAUACAUUUUGUUUUUAAAUAAUGUCUAAAAGAGAUCCGUCAGAUCGACAUGGACAUGAACGAAAGUUGGACCCGAGUGACUAUGAAAACUUGAUAUCACAACAUAAUUUAUUCGAAGCUUCACGAUCAAAACAUCAAGAACUACCAAGUUUUCCAGGUUUUUCCAAUGCCGAAACCCAAACGAAAAACAGUGAUAUAAAAGAACAGGCAGUGCACUCUGGUCUGGGGCCCUGGCAUUACAACCCCUGGUGGGUGCUCGCCGGGGCCGCCGGCACCAGCACCGCAAGGGCCCUGCCAUCUCAAGAUGGCUAUUCAGAACACAGUGAACAAACUAAAGUGAAACAAGAGCCACCUGGUCCUGGGACUCCAGACAGGGACCCACUUCAAUCGGACUUGGAACAGUUUCAAGCAGAAACAGUUACACCUCCAGUUGGAUUAGAUUCUUUUUGUGACGACUGUUCAGACCCAUUUUGUGACUCAAGUUCAGCAAUAUGUCGCAAAUUAUUCCAUUGUCCUCACUGCCGAAAGAGCUAUCCAACCAUCCUAGAAUUUAACACGCAUUUGACAGGGGUUCAUCCAGCACAAAAGCCUUUUCGAUGUCAAAUAUGUUUGGAACCUUUUUACAAAAAAUCACAACUGCGAAGACAUCUGGAUGCUAAUCAUACACGAAAAGAUGUGAACAAAUGCUCAGUGUGCUCCAAAUAUAUUAAGGACAAGAGCAAUUUACGCAAACACAUGCAAGUACACACAGGUCGUGUGCCUCAGAAACAAUUCAAGUGUGAUCUGUGCAACAACAAACGUUACAUGUCUCUAGACAGACUCAACAAUCAUAAAGUGGUGUGCACAGGAGAGAAAGUUUUGAAGUACUGCGACAUGUGCACCAAAGUUUUUGAUAAUUCAAGAUCACUCAAUAGCCACAAAAAAGUACAUGCUAGGGAAUUGAAGUGUGACAACUGUGGAGAACAGUUGCGCUCGUUAGAGCAAUUUACAAAUCAUAAGAUGAUUUGUCAAGGAGCUACAUCAGAAGCAAGCGCCAGUCAUGGUCAAGCUAGUUCAGGGCACACUGGCGUGCCAGCCAUGGGGCGCUGCUGCACUCAGCCAGGAAUAUGUGAACAUGACAAGCCGGCCUACCUGAACAUACCUGGAUAUGCGGCUGGUAGAGUGCUGGAUGCCACUCUUUCCUCUUUGAAAUCAGAGCUGAACUGAUGACAGAUGCCGCACUGGCUUACAAAGUAACUAAUUAAUUCAUAUUAAAUUAAACAGUUUCUUUUUUUACAAGAUUACCAAAUAGAUAAAUAAAUGACAGUAAUAAUUUUCACAAUAUUGAGAAUUUCACAAGACUGAUGCAAAUAUCCCGCCUCACGACUUGCUUUAUUAUUACCAUUUAAAUUUAGGCUUUAGUUAGUAGGUAAAUAAGAGUAAGUUACAUAGCCAUUUGGACAUGUUCUUAUAUAUUAGUGAGGGAGUGGGUAAUAUAUUUGAAUAUGCUUAAAUUGUUAUAACCACCUUUAAGUUUUAAUUAAAAUAUAUCAUAGCUGUUGAUUGACAGUAAAAUAGAACCAGAUCAUACAUGCAACAAUUUAUUGUACGUUUAUCAGAUAUAUUUUUUUAUAAUUUGAUAUCUUUUCUAUAACAAUGCUUUUGACUGAUUUAGAGUAAAGGUGAAUGUGCAGUAUUACAAACAAAAACAAUUUUUAUUUUUCUAUUUUGGAGAAGUUAUAGAGUAUGUUAUUUUUAUAAUUUUAGAACAUAAUAUUUUAGUUUAACGUUUUAUGUACCUAAGUUGUAUGCUGUAUCGGUCAGUGGAGAUGUAUGUUGAGCGUAUUAUAUUUUCUGGGGCUCUGAUGUACAUUUUUCCAAAGACAAUUUAUUAAGUAGAUGUGUGUAGUUUCGUAUGCAUAUAAUAUUAUAUACGUGUAUUUCGAAUAUUUUCUAAAGACAUCUUUUAUACACAUUGCUAUAGAACUUUAAGUUUCAUAAUGUUACACCUGUAGGGUAAGUUAAACUUGGUGAAGUGCAAUGUACCGUUGGCGAAGCCUUGUGCAUGUUAUGGUUAUUGGAAUUAUGUAUUUGUUGUGUUCUCCCUACCCAUAAUAUUUAUUCUUGAAGUGUUAUACACUGAAAAAUUAUUGCUGCAAUUUAUAAAAUUAUAUUAAUAUAAUGUUUUUAAAUAUAUAAACACAAUAUGUGUACACACCUUAAUUAUAAGAUUCGAGGCUAUAAUAUCUAAAUCUAGUAAGCCUUUAUUAUGCUAAAAUAUUACGUCAUAAGAGUUUAUUACUAUACUCUCAAAUUUUAUCUUGUAUACUUAUAUUUUUUUAAAUCUUAAUAUUUUCUAAUUUUAUUUAUUUUGUUCAUGUUAUGUGGAAAGAUGAGUACUUCAAUUUGGAGGCUUUUUAUUCAUUAUCCGUUGUUGCUAUUUUUUUUUAUUUACAUUUGUUUUUAAUACUAAUAGCUUAGUUUAUUUUUAAUAUCUUUAUCACUUAGUUACAUAGUUUAUAUUUUGAAGAAUUUUAAUAAGUAAGUUUGUAAGUUCCAUACAGGAAUCUUGCUUAUACAAGCCACCGAGAGAAAUAUUGGGUUUAUUAUACCAAAUUCGUUUUAUAAAGUUAAUACAUAAUAUUAUAAUUUAGUUACUUAAUUAACGGAUGAUUUUACGGCGUCUUGGUUCAAUAAUGUCUAGGUUAACGUUUAUGUUUAAUUUUCAUUGGUCUUUUAUAAUCAUAUAGCGUCUUGAGAAGUAAGAUGAAGCAGUAGAAAAUAGAGGUAAUCUUAAUUUGACUUGAUUUUUAACAUUUCUCAUUAUAUCCAUAACAUACUAUGAAGAGGACAGAUGGUGGUUGUUGAAAGAUAUUCAGCAACUGUCACCUGGUGAUAAUUAUGUUGUGCUAUUUUCUUAUAUUUUUUUAAUAGGUCAUUCUCUCUCUCUGUAUACCAAGUUUCAUCAAAAUGUGUUCAGUAGUUUCAGCGUGAUUGACGGACAAAUGUCGAAAUAAAAAAACCUUCCAUGUUUAUAUAAGUGUGAAUAUUAAUGUGAUUUCCUUAAGAGGAAACAAGUAAAAACAUACUAUGUAAUGCUUCAUUUAAAAAACUCUUUACCUUACUUCUCAAGAAGCUCCACAAGUAUCCAUUGUAAGCUGGUUUGUUUCAGAGUUAUAAGUCGGUGUAAAUGACCGAAAAUGUGUUCUUUAAUUCAGUAAUGUAAAUUUUAAUGUAAGUAUUUUGAGCUGUGCUGUUUCAAAUUUCACGCUACUUAAUGAUUUCUCCACCUUUAGAAAAUUGUGUAAUCGUCAUCACUAAAUUUAAACUUAUUGAGCAUGCUCGAUUAGUUUCAUGUUACUACCGGGGCUGAUAGUCAUGACUUAGCAUGCGUGGUGCGACGGUGCCUAAUAUCGCAAAACCAACUGCGCUGACUGGUCGUGACUGACUGAAAACUGGUUAAACAAGCAGUAAAUUAUUUUCAAAAGUAAAAUAUAAAAUUGUUCUUAAAAUAGUACUUAAAGUAAACAACGUUUACUUGUUUUACUUGCACUCGUACGUUUUGCUAACUUUUUUAAACAGAACAGCUCGAAAUAACUAAAUUGCUAAUUGCCACAAAGUUGUCAAGCGUCUUCUUAUUGGCACUAACAUUAUCUGUAAGAAAUUUUAAUCUAAAGAAUAUAUUUUAUUAUGAAAUAUUCAUAAGUUUAGUGUAGAGACGUCUUUAACAUCAGGUACUGAACUUAAAUAUUGAGGGCGCGCGGAAUAUGACAAUAAUAUAUUGUGUAAUCUAUUACAGAAACAUUCAUGGUCACAUUAUAUCGCCGCUUCGUCCUCAUUAUCGCUUGAAUUACACAAAACUAGAGCUGCGUGUACUUACAAUUCGGUAGGCAUCACUCUACUAUGAACCUAUUCCACGUUACUGAUGGCACAGAAUUAGAAUAUUGAGACUUCACCCAUAAUUUCUUAUCAACAUAUACACUCAAAGAUGUUUGUUAGCUGUUUAAAAAAAUAGACGUCACGUUUUAACUGUACUUGUAAUGCUAUGGAGAAAUAAUUGAGCUAAGCUUACGUUGGACAGUAAUGUUAAUUGAUUUGUUGUAAUGUUGAUUGUUUUACAUGUUAUUAUUGCAUCAUUAACAAUACACCACAAAAAAUCUGCAUCUGUGCAUGUUUAGACAAAAUUGUAACACAUACUUAUAUUGUAAUCACUUUAAACAUAAUUAUGAAAGUUAUUACUUAUUAGUGUUUAUCAUGAUUAUGAGUAUAGCCUAGACACCCGUUUAGAAACCAAAAUUAUCAUCUAACCACCGACAUUGUGACUGAUUCUGCCAUUUGUUUGGAUUGAUAUUAUACAGAAAAUAUAUACCAUUAGGUACCUAAAUAUUUUGUCUUUGUAGUUUUUUAGCAUGGUGUGUAACUUUUAAUGCACCUAGAUUUAAGAAAAAAAGAUGUGUUCAUAUGAAUUUAGUUAGGUACAUAGAUAUAGUUCGUCUAUUUGAUUAAUGAUUAGUUACGUAGACUGUAAAACAGUGUAAUGUGAAACUAUACGAACGCAUUGUUUUCCGAGUAAACCUUCCAUUGCAUAUUAUUACCUUGUCUAAGCCAAAAUCAUUUUUACUGUAAGGCCAUGUUGUCGUAAAGGCGCUUUUGGUAACCGAUGCUGCCUUCGUUAACAUGCCCCGUUUAUUUAUUGUGUACCUACCCUGUAGAACUUUAUUCAACGCAAGUUAAAAAUAGCGUACCUAUCGUUACUGAAUACCACGAAUAAAUGACAUUUCCUUUCUGUUAAAA